UAUAUGGAAGUUUCCUGACCAAUAAAGGGACGUUGUUUCUAUAUACACAUGCUGUCAUAGGAUGAGGCGCAGGAAGGGUGUGUGUCAAUAAAGCUAGGUGUCAGUCAGGCGGCCAUGCUGCUCCUCCCAGGCACAGAGUUGAGUGUCAUUGCCGUCUUCUGGCUCCUGUUAGAUGUCGCCUUCCUUGUGUCUCUGUUCCUCCAUGUGCUGGGAGAGUGUGGCCGGCGGGGCUCCACACUGUGCGCCAUCUUCCAGGAUCUCAUCCGCUAUGGGAAGACUAAGAUCGGACAGGGGCGCCCAGCGUGGCUGCACUGCUUCGAUCUGCCUAAGAGGUGGUUCUCGCACUUCUAUUAUCUCUCCGUUUUCUGGAAUGGGACGCUGCUUUGGUUAGUUAUUCAGUCACAGAUGUUUGGUAUAGAAAUACCCCAGUGGCUGCAGUCAUUGAUUAAUUUCUUCAACAGGGAGCCACUACAAAAGGUAUCAGGUGGAGAGGUUUCCACUCUACUGGCUCUAUCCUUAAUAUGGUUGCACAGCCUGAGAAGACUAGCAGAGUGUCUGUAUGUCAGCAUCUAUUCCAAUGGAGUUAUUCACGUGGCUCAGUAUUGUCUUGGCAUUGGCUACUACUUUCUUAUCGGGAUAACGCUGCUUGAUCACGCCAAGUUAGAACCAAAGAAAGUCACUGUUACAGACCUUGCUUUGCAAAUUCAUUGGUACCAUAUCAUUGGGACAGUAUUGUACAUCUGGGCAUCAAUACAUCAGCACAGAUGUCAUGUCAUUCUUGCCAGUCUGAGGAAAAAUACAUCUGGAAAAGUUGUAACCAUGAACCAUAUUGUACCCAGUGGAGACUGGUUUGAGAGGGUGUCUUGUCCACAUUACUUUGCGGAGUUGCUGAUUUAUAUAUCCAUCUCUGUACUGUUUGGAUUGGGUCAUACAACAUGGUGGCUGGUGGUUAUGUUUGUGUUGUUUAACCAGUCAUUGGCUGCUAUUUUAUGUCAUGAAUUCUAUCAUGAGAAGUUUGAUAAUUAUCCUGCUCACAGGACAGCUUUCAUACCAUAUGUGUUUUAAAGGGCCAUAAUAAAACGUUGUUGCACUUACAGACAAGUAUUUAAAGCUGAGCUAUAGCC